CUGAACGAGCUCAGUGCAACGACGGGGCACGGUAAAGUUACACUGGAGCGCAUUAAUAAAAACUCCUAAAGAAAGAAAGAAAGCAAAAGUAGCACUAGCAAAUACUCAUUAAGUGCUCGAAAUGCGAGGCAGCUAAUUGCCCUCGUCUGAAUUCGGCCGUUUCUACGUCCCUCCUUCCUUUGAAUUCAGGUCCUGUAGGGGAUCCUUUGCCCGCCUGCUCGCCCCCUCCCCCGGCCGCGCCACCCUGGCCGUCUUUCCCGCGGCAGCCGCCGGGCAGAGGCGCGGGCGGAGCGGCGGGGAAGGAGGGAGACCGGGUCUGGUGGGACGAGGGGCCAACGGUUUCAUUUGGAGAGGCACACAGCAGACAAGGAGGAGGUUCUGCUCUGCUCAGCGAGUCACUGACUGGGAGAGGGCGGCUGAAGAAGGCGCACGACUUCCCAAACUUUGUGGCGUUGUUCUGGUAGACGCCAGAUCGUAUACAGGUUGGCUUGUUCUCUUGGACGGAUACUUAGCGAUUUGGUGUGCAUCUGUGAAGCGGAGGAGUUCACUCGCGUUUACUUCUUAUUAAUGUCGCACCUGUCAACCUCUUGGAUUUGUACCAGGAACGGGUCUUCGAGUUCAGAGCUGCCAAGUGCAUUUUUACAAAUGUUUAUUUAAGUCGCUGCCAACGUCUGAGGCUUUGGGGAUUUCAACAAGUCGGGCUUCUCCAUUAAAUUCCAUCUAUGGUGUACUAUAUGUUCCUUCCAAAGGGAGAAGAAACAAUGAGUGCGCCAUACAACUGUACUACGGACCGGCAUUCGUGUUGAUUGAGUGCUGCGGAGCAGGACGGACAAGGACAGAGAAGUCCGUUCAACUGACCACUCAGCCUCACAUGCUGAUAGACGGUGCGUUUUGCCGAGUGGAAACGAGUCAAUUACCCUGACCCGUCAUUCUCUCUAGCUUGCUGUUCGUGUGCUUCACCCCCCCUCCCACUAACGCACACCCCUCACUCAACUACUGAUCUCAUAGGAGCUCCGAACGGGGCCGAUCAGUGCGCAUGUGUCGGGGCUGGACAGCGCCGAAGAGGGAAAUUUAAAAACGGUCCGUGAAGACAAGAAGGGGGCAAACCAAUUACAAGGACUUACCAGAGCACCGGAACACCUAGCCAUCGCAGGACAGGAGAUGAUAGAAAGUGGCCUCACUUCCAGAAUGUCAGGAAUUCUUGGAAAUCCAGGACAAAGCCAUCAUCCCUCCACGCAGGACUACAGGCUAAUGACCUCUGACCCGUCUCAGCUGAGUGAGGAUGACAUUCCCAGCGAUUUACAGUCCCUGUCCUGGCUUACCUCUGUGGAUGUCCCCCGACUGCAGCAGAUGGCAACAGGGCGCCUGGAUUUCAGCAUGAACUCCCAAAAUUCACAGCUAGAGCAGCAGACAGCCCAAGUGGGCAGCAUGAGCAUUGCUGGAACACGGGGGACCAUGAUCCAUAUCCAAGGCAGCAUGCAAACAGGCCUGUUGGGAAUGAGCUCCUUCCCAGCUCAGGGAGCAAAUAUGACGCAGUAUGCCAUGAGUGGGCAGCCUUCCCCAGGAUACCAGGCACAGCAAACCCUGUACCAGCCUGCCUCUCAGCAGGUUUAUGCCAUCUCUCAGGCCAGCCAACAGUGCUCUUCUGCAGCAGUCUACAGCAACACUUUUGCCAGUCAGACGUCAUUCAGCCAGCCACGCCUCGCUCCUCAUGGCAAUCAGGACCUACAGCCCAAAUCCUACCCCAAGCCCAUUUACUCUUACAGCUGUCUGAUUGCCAUGGCACUAAAGAACAGCAAGACGGGCAGCCUCCCGGUCAGUGAGAUUUACAGCUUCAUGAAGGAACACUUUCCCUACUUUAAGACGGCUCCUGAUGGCUGGAAAAACUCAGUACGGCAUAACCUAUCCUUGAACAAGUGUUUUGAGAAAGUCGAGAACAAGAUGAGCAGCUCAUCACGGAAAGGCUGCUUGUGGGCGCUGAACCCAGCUAAGAUUGACAAGAUGGAGGAAGAAAUGCAGAAAUGGAAACGCAAGGAUCUACCCUCCAUCAGGCGCAGCAUGGCCAACCCAGAUGAACUGGACAAGUUAAUCACGGACCGGCCAGAGACUUGCAGACGAAAAACCUGUGAGCCAGGCCCAACUCCCCUACCCACCUCACAAAUGGGUUUGACAUUGGCAGUACGGCCACAGGCUCAAUCUGUGAUGUCACUCUCCCUGCAGUCGCUGCCUCUUCACCAUCAACUCCAGACACAGGUCCGCUUGGCUCCUGGCUCCCCAGCACCUGCUCAGACCCCACCACAGCACUCUGUACCGGACCUCUCCCACAGUCCCCUGGAACAACAGCAGCAGCAUGCUAAACAUGGGCACGACUUCUUCAGUAUGAAUACUGAUAUGAGCACUGAGGUGGACACCCUUGACCCAAGCAUCAUGGACUUUGCCCUACAAGGCAACCUCUGGGAGGAGAUGAAAGAUGAGAGCUUUAAUCUGGACACUUUAGGCGCCUUUAGCAACUCCCCUUUGCGGCUCUCGGACUAUGACCUGGGUAUGGCAGGUGUGACGCCCGUGUCGGGCAGCAGCGAGCUCUCCUUUCCAGACCUGCAGGUCACCGGUAUGUACACCACAUACACAACGCUGGAUACUGUGUCACCCCAGUACAUGAACACUCAAGGGAAUAAGCCGAUUGCUCUGCUGUAGCCUGAAUGGCCGGAAAGGAUCACAAGAGACAAGGGACACUGUGGGACUUUGCAAACACAAAGGACAGCCAGCCCACAGGUUUGCACAGCAGCCUACCAUCUAAAGCUUUUGGUUACAGGACUUGUGGGAGACACCCCCGAGCAAAUGCUCAAUAGGCCACCAUGCCGCUGUGCUGUUUCUACCACCAGCAGGUUGCUUAUCAGUACGGAGUGACAUGUGCCAAAUGACUUAAACUCUUUAAGGACUGAGACGAGCAAAAAGAAAGGGCAAUGGUGGGACACAGACUGUAUUACCAAGUGUGGGUGAGACAAACAAAAGCAAGUGUGCAUGUGGAGGGAUGGGCAAAGGGGGGAGGUCAAGAAUCAUGUCAUGUGGGUUUGGGCACAUACAAGCCCUAGUGAACUGGCACACCAAGCUUCCCCAAAAAGAAAAAAAAAAAAAAUUAGGUUAGCAAUUCACAUUUUGUGAUUUUGUUUUCUUUUUCCUUUUGUAUUCGUGAUGCUCAGUAUUACGUUUGUGUAUUUGUUUAUUUAUAUUUAUUGACUUCAUAUGAGAGCUUGUAUGAGAGGAAGAGAAUCAAGCACUAUUUACACUGCUGAAUUAACCCUGAAGUACACAUGAAAUUUACAGGCUAUGCCGAUUCCGGUUUAUUAUUCAAUCUUUUAAGCAGGUUUGAUGGACACAACAAAAGGACAUAAACAAUGGCCUCAUGCAACAAAUCGGAGCAGGAAAAACAAACAAAUGAAUGCAGUCUAUUGAACGUCUUUAUCUCAGCCCACCAGCUUCUUUGCAGAUCAUUUUUAGGGUUAUGAAACGGUUUGAACCAUUAAUAGUAAAUUAUGUACAGACAUUAGGAAUAAAUAUUUAAAUGGA